UAUAGGUGUAAAAGCGACGUUCAUUCAUCCGAGCUUUGAUAUGUACUCCAAAGUACAUGACCAUAGGCACAACGUCGCUCUUAUGAAACUCUAUCGUCCAUUUAAUUUACAGCAUCUACAUAAUUCUUUAGAUUUUUCAAAUAAAACCAGUGGCAUGUUCGUUAAUAUUGGAGCGACUAAAUCAAUAAAUUCAUAUGAUUGUUGUUUUAUAUACGGCUGGGAUAGUAUUUUAUUUUCUAAAAUGCGGGUGUUUACGAAACCUAUACAAAUAGUUUCAGUACAACCCCGAGAUAAAGAUGCCUGUGUAAAUAAAAUCAAUGACGUAAAUAUUGUAUGUGCUAGCGGUGAAAGCCGGAAACAGUGCGCAGGUAAUCCGGGGUCACCGAUUGUCUGUAAUGAACCGAAUGGGAAUAGCCGCGUACUUGGAAUAGCAUCUUGGACUAACUAUUCCCUUCAAUGCGAUGGUUCUUCAACUUAUUUAAAUCUUACUUCCUUUAGAUCGUGGAUAAAUAAUAUAAUAUCAAUGGACUUUAAUUCAAAUUAUAAUUUUGACAGCUAUAGUAGUACUGAAAAUCAUAAAAUCCAAAGUAAAAAUUAUGUUGUUACUAAAAUAAUUAUGGACAAUCAUGCUAUCAAUGAUUUUUCAACAACACUUAAGACACUUGAGCGUCAUAAUUAUGAAAAUACUGAGCGAAGUGAUAAAAGUGUAGAAGAAAAAUCAACUGAUAAUGAAGAACUGUCGGAUAUUUUUCCUCUAUAUAAUUCGUCAUGUGCAAAUUUACUAAACUCAAUUAAUUUUCUUGUACUUUUAGGACUUACCUUUAUUUUUAAUGUAUAA